UCCAGUUUGUACAGAGGUCUGCCCAGCAGCUGGUACUCGCGUCUCGGGCUGGAGGAGUUGCUGCUGCCGGGCUGCGUGCCAAAGCGUAGUGCGAAUGACAGUCCGUGCGGGACAGAGGCACCUUUCAUGUAGUGUAAGCCGUCGACGAACAGACUCCAUGGAAGUGGUGGACAGCCCGCUCAACCUCGCCCAUCAGCAGUGCAGAAAGGCAGACCGCCUGGUCACGUCUGGAAAGUAUGAAGAAGCCAUUUCCUGUCAUGUAAAGGCAGCAGAUCUUCUGACAGAUGCAAUGAAGACAACAGAGUGUGAGCAGGCUCGUCUGUCCAUGGAGCUGCAGAGAGACAGUCAUAUCAAACAGCAGCGACUGAUCCAAGAGCGCUGGAAGAGAGAAGCUCGGCGCGAGGCGACAAAGGCGAGGUCCGGUGCGCUGCAGCCCUCCAGCAGCAGCACGGACCUCCUCUCCCAAACCCAAACCCAGGCUGCAGGCCAGCUCCGGCCCCACGGCUCCCAGGUUCUCUCAGGUGCAGAGUGUGGAGGAGGCAGGGAGAGAGAGUACGACACUCUACUCUACCAGCUUCAGACUCGACAAACUGGAGCCAGUCAGCCUUUGACUCCACCUUCCGCUGGAUCUAAGACCACUAAAGAUGACAAAACCCGCCUGGAGGAACAACAGACCACCAUCGAGGACCUGAGGCGCCUGGUCGAUCACGUGAUGGAUGAAAACCAGCGCCUGAACGCCGAGAACGAGCGGCUGCGCUCGGAGAACACCCGGCUGUGCUCCGAGGCAGCAGACUUCGUGGAGCGCUCGGAGCUCUGGGUGCUGCCGCAUGCGGGCGGCGCUAUGGGGACGGGGGGCGGACAGGAGAGGAAAAGCACAGGGAAGGGGAAGGAGAUCGCAAUCCCGCAGCUGCCCGUGCUGGAGAUGCCUGCUCAGGAAGACCUGUGUCUGGAUGACCUGCCUCCUCUGCAGCUGCCAGAGGACAUCCAGAACGAACUGCAGGAGAUUCUGGACAGGGAUUAAACUCUGAUAGGAUGGAUGUCACACACACUCACACAUAGUUACCAGGGUUCACUCAGUAUGGCUUUUUGAGUCCAGGUUGCCAUAUAUCUGACAUAACUUCACAGGCUCUGUGUGAUCCCAUCAUAUGGUGUUAGAGAAGCCUGAUCAGGUUCAUGAACUGAUAACACCUGUUCCACUAUUACAACACAGUCCAAGUCCACGGUGAAGAAGUCGCUCACCCAGCAACAUUAUGAGUUGGAGCAUCCGUGAGGUUAUAGGUCAGUACGGCAUCGCCUGAGCUGUGUAUGAACUGAGGUUGUCAGUUUCAAAUUGCAUGUGAAAGCUCAUUCUUGGCUUUGAAUAAAAAAAAAAAAAAAUGUAGUUUGACAAAAUAAAUCCUAAUUCAGCAAUCUACAGCUCGACUUGUUUUCCAGAGCAUUUAAGCACACACAAUCUCAGCUGUGGUUCUAUCCUGUGAUGACAACUGAGCUGAGACUGUGUGAUGUGGUUAAUGUGGUUAAAUACUCCCAGUGUGUGUUUUAUUGUGAAAUGUGUGGAUUUGUUCCACGCGGUGUCUGGGAGAAGCCAUAAGUGUUCUGAAGCUAAAAAGUGAUUUUAUUCAUAUAGGUCAUAUAUUUCCAUAAUAAUUUGCACUUUGUGUCAAUGUCAGGACAGAAGUUCAUCAUUUUGUGUGUGUGUGUGAUUGUGUGUGAUCUGAAGCUUCAGUGUCACUGCAGGCUAUAGUCAGCCAACGAUUCAAUUAAUACUACUCAAUGAAUUUAAUAAAUAUUAAAUAAGGUAAUUACUUUGUCUUGAUGUCACAUGGAUGGAUUGUUGGACAUGUUUGUGUGAUUUUAGAUUUGUUUUUAUGUUUGUAAUAGAAGCUGGAAGUUCUGUUGUUUUUUUGCUUCUCCUGGAAAGAAAGGAGAAAAAAUUCACCACUGAAAUAAUUUACAGUGAAAAAUGUGCCUAUUUUUUGCCUUUUAUUUAGAAUUGUGUGACAUAGCUAGUGUGUCGUUAUAUUAUGAUGUUUAAUGGGAAUCUGGGGAAAUUAUGAUUAGACUUUUUCGGUUUCAGAACACUGACCACUGUUGGUGCUCAGUUAUCGAGGAGACUCCCAGAAUGCACCACACCUUGCUGUACGUCACAAAUGAGAAGCAUCUCAUUUACCAGAUGUUGGGAAAUUUGACAAAUGCAUUUAAUUUUAUAAACUUUUUUUUUCUACUGUUUUUCUAUUGUUUGGUGUAGUGUGUAAUUGCCAGUAGGGUUUUCGUAAAAAAAAAAAAAGAAAGAAAAGAAGUCUUUGUGAAUGAAGUUGAAAUUGCUUAAGUGGACCGUGAGUUGAGUUAAAGCUUAAAAACGAAA